GCGCCGCGUUGGGGCUGACCACUCGCGUUCCGCCUGAGGAGGCGCUGCCGUCGGCACUGCAGCCGCCGCGGAGCUGAUACUGCUCCGAGCCAGCCGCCGGGAGUAGGGCGGCGGCGCAAACAUGAAUGUUGGAGUUGCCCACAGUGAGGUGAAUCCAAAUACCCGUGUAAUGAACAGCCGGGGUAUGUGGCUGACAUAUGCUUUGGGAGUUGGCUUGCUUCAUAUCGUUUUACUCAGUAUUCCCUUCUUCAGUGUUCCUGUUGCUUGGACCUUAACAAAUGUUAUACAUAAUCUGGGGAUGUAUGUAUUUUUGCAUGCAGUAAAAGGAACACCAUUUGAAACUCCUGACCAGGGUAAAGCGAGGCUCCUAACUCAUUGGGAACAACUGGACUAUGGAGUACAGUUUACAUCUUCACGGAAGUUUUUCACAAUUUCUCCAAUAAUUCUGUAAGUGGUGGAAAUUUUCAGAUAUUUUCUGGCAAGUUUCUAUACGAAGUAUGAUCCAACUCACUUCAUCUUAAACACAGCUUCUCUCCUGAGUGUGCUAAUUCCCAAAAUGCCACAGCUACAUGGUGUUCGGAUCUUUGGAAUUAAUAAGUAUUGAAAUGUGUUUUGAAACAACAAAAAUUUUUACAGCUACUGAGUUUUCUGUAAGGAAGGAAUGGUUACUAAACUGCACUGUUUCUGUGAUAAUGUGAAAUGAGAGGUAGCUACAUUGGAGAGCCAAUUGCUGGUUCUUCAUAUGCUGUUUUGAAGUGCAGAUUCUUACGAGAAGAUGCCUUUGUUUAAUGCAUCUGGUAUCCUUCUGAAGAGAGGCUUUAGAGGCAGGCUGGGCAGGCCCAGCUUAUAAGUUAAAUGGCUAUAAAGUAAGGGUGUAGUAGAUAAAUCCAAGGAAAUAAGAGAUUUAUAAGAAACUAAGUCCAGCUUAGCUUAUAAGGAAUGGGCAUUAUGUUAGGAGAAGAAAAUGUUUAAUCAUUCAGUCAUAGUCAGUUUAAGCAGAGUUACAUGAAAACCAGAAUCAUUUCUUUACAAGUUUAUUACAGAUUGUUUUUAUUACCAUGUAUAUUCCUCUUGUGUUAUAUAAGAGGAUAUAUGUCCUCUUGUUUUAUACAGACCAAUUCCUACCUUAUGAAUGUACUUUUUUGGUUUUGCAGGCUCAACAUUGUGUUGAUAGAUGAGUUCAUUUUUACAUUAAGUAACUGAGUUCAUGAAGGUCCACCUUCAUGACUGAUUGAUGAUAGAA